GAAGAAGAUGAAGACGUAGAAGAAGAAAAACAGGUCUUCACACUAGUUGGGAAGUGCUAAAUACGCGAAGUGAACUUUAGGUUACUUAAGGCAUAUUCUUUUUUCAGAACAGCUAUGGAUAUCGCCUUGUAUUUGAUAGCUGCCACUGUCCUAAUUGUCCUGAUUGUAUUUGCAUUGAAGGUCCGGAAGAAAACACAAGACGCUGAUGAGGAGCAUCACCAGAGGGCUGCUGUCCGGGCAGCCAGGCCCCCUCAGCGGGCACCAGCACCAGAGGAGAGGGGAGCUGGUAUGCCCCGCAGGAGGCGGACCCUUGCCGCCGCAAUGACUAAUAGACGUCCACAAGUAGAAGCUGUGGAACAUGCAGAGGAAGAGGAGGAGCGCUUUGAGGAAGAAGAGCUAGAGCAGAACAUCCAGCUGACUGCAAAGGUUGGAGCCAAGAAACAGAAGAAGCUGGAGGAGAAACAAGCCAAGAAAGCACAGAGAGAGGCAGAGAUGGAGGAGAGGGAGGAAAGAAAAAAGAUGCAGGAGGCAAGAGAACAGGAGAGACGGCAGGAGGACGAAAGAGAGCGGCUGCUGGAACAGAAACAGGAAGAGGAGGAGCGCCGGGCGAAAGAGGAGCAAGAGAAACGAGAGGAGGAGGAGUACUUAAAACUCAAAGCCUCGUUCAUCAUAGAAGACCAGGGAGAGGAGGAGCAGCUCUCUGAGGACCAGUCACGCAACCUGCUGCAAGAAUUCAUCCAGUACAUUGAGAGUUCUAAGGUGGUUCUCCUAGAGGACUUGGCCUCUCACUUUGGAAUGAGGACCCAGGAUGCCAUAGCCAGACUGCAGGACCUGUUAGCUGAAGGUUCUCUCACAGGUGUGAUUGACGACAGAGGGAAGUUUAUAUCCAUUACUCCGGAUGAGCUGGACUCAGUGGCUCAAUUCAUCAAACAGAGAGGAAGAGUGUCCAUCACGGAGCUGGCUCUGGCCAGCAACACUCUGAUCAACCUGAUGCCCGAGAGUCGCAGCACUGCUUGAUCCUGAAUGCCGGAUCACGUCUUCAGAGACCGCUGGAGAAUAAACUGUACUCACACAAGUGA